AUGGACAAGUCUUGUAUGCGUUGUACUGACAGAUCGAGCGACGUUUACUUAAAAGGAGUUGAGAGUUUUCUUCAAUUUGCAUUUAAGCAAUCAGAACUAGAGGAUGAAAUUCCUUGUCCUUGUAAGAAAUGCAAUAACGUUUUCCACAAGUCUAGAGAUGAGGUCAAAGAGCAUCUAAUAAUUUUUGGGAUGGUUCAAGGAUACACACGUUGGCUUUAUCAUGGAGAAUUUGCACCUAAAAAGCAAAAUGUUAAUCAAGAGGAAAAAGGAAAGAAACCAGGUGUUCCUUCUCAAAAGAAAAGAAAAGAGCGAGGUGAUGAUAUGUUUGAAAUGAUAUAUGAUGUUGUUGGUCCUGAAAUCACAAAUGAUUCUAGUGGGGUUAAGUAUAAACAUGGUGAUGCUUCAGAAUCUACUUCCACAUUUUCCAAAUUAUUGGAGGAUGCUGCACAACAACUUUAUCCUGGUUGUGAGACAUUCUCCAAGUUAUCACUAAUUGUGGAACUUUUCCAAAUCAAGUGUCUUUAUGGGUUGAGUGGUAAAGCAGUUGAUAGCAUACUAAAGUUAUUUAAACGAGCACUUCCUUCUGGUGAAACUUUACCAGAGUCAUUUUAUGAAGCAAAACAAGUGAUUAAAAAUUUAGGUCUUCAUUAUGAAAAGAUACAUGCUUGUGAGAAUGAUUGUAUGUUAUUUUGGAAACAUAAUGCGAAAGCUGAAUCCUGCUUGAUUUGUGGGGAGUCUAGGUGGAAAUCAGUUGAAGGUCAAAAAACUAAUGGGGAAACUCAAGGAAAAAUUGGGAAAAAAGUUCCUCGAAAAGUGUUACGUUACUUUCCCUUGAAACCAAGAUUGCAAAGGUUAUUUACAUCACUAGAAAUAGCUUCAGACAUGACAUGA